UCCAGAGCGGACCACAACUAUGGCCGCCUCCGUUACGUGACCAAUGAGCGGGGUUUUCGUUCUUUCGCUUAGCUUAAUACAACAUUAGAUAAGUGACCAGGAGUUAUUUCUAAAAUAUGGGUGUUAUAAGGCACGUCGUGUGCGCCAUGUCCGGCGGCGUUGACAGCUCCGUUGCGGCCUUGAUACUGAAGAGAAGAGGCUAUAAUGUGACUGGGGUGUUCAUGAAAAACUGGGACUCCCUGGAUGAGAGCGGAGUGUGCACUACAGAGAAGGACUGUGAGGACGCCUACAAAGUGUGCCAAAGCCUUGACAUCCCCUUCCAUCAAGUGUCAUAUGUUAAAGAGUACUGGCAUGAAGUUUUCAGUAAUCUGUUGAAAGAAUAUGAGAAAGGCAGGACUCCAAACCCAGACAUUAUCUGCAACAAGCAUAUCAAAUUCCAUCAUUUCUACAAAUAUGCGAUCACAACUCUGGGUGGUGAUGCCAUGGCGACCGGGCACUACGCGAGGACCUCCCAGGAGGACGAAGAGGUUUUCCAGCAGACCCGCAAAACCUUGCCCCUCGUGUUGUUCAGAAACCGCUUCGAGUUCAGAAACCCGGUGAGAAUGUACAAAGGGGCCGACCUGUUCAAAGACCAAACCUUCUUCCUUAGUCAAAUCUCCCAGGAUGCCUUGCGGCAAACCUUGUUCCCGCUCGCCGGGCUCACAAAGGAGUUUGUGAAAAAGAUGGCGGCAGAAGCCGGCUUUCACCAUGUGCUACAGAAGAAAGAGAGCAUGGGCAUCUGCUUCAUUGGGGAGAGGAACUUUGAAAACUUCAUUUUGGAGUACCUCGAACCUAAACCUGGCAACUUUGUGUCCAUAGAGGAUGGCAGUGUUUUGGGAACACACAAAGGGUGGUUCACUCUGACGCUGGGCCAGAGGGCGCGAAUAGGAGGCCUUAAGGAUGCCUGUUUUGUGGUCGACAAAGACAUUGUUACCGGCGACGUGUUCGUGGCCCCGUCCACCAACCACCCGUCUCUCUUCCGUGACACCGUGAAAACGGACCGCUUCCACUGGUUAACGAUGGACCCACCUCCCGAACUGGCCCGUAACAAGACGAUGGAGUGCAGCUUCCGAUUCAUCCACCAGAUGCCGCUAAUUCCUUGCACUGUGACUCUAAACAUGGAUGGCUCUGUGUGGAUCUCACUCUCGCACACGGUCAGAGCUUUAACACCUGGACAGUUUGCGGUGCUCUACAAAGGCGACGAGUGUCUGGGGAGCGGCAAGAUCAUCCAGCUCGGCCCCAGCGAGUUCACCAUCCAGAGGGGACGGGAAUGUUCGGCGGCGGCGACGCAGCUCAGAAAGGAGAAGCAGAACCCAGAACCAGUCAGAUGACACAACCUCAGAAAGUACACCAUCUUUUAAGUACUUAUUGCACAUCAUUUUAAUGCACACUGACGGUCAAACACUGUUUUCUACUGUUUUUGACGUAAAAUAGUUUUAGUUAGAUUGCAAAACUCAAGCUAGAAACCUGUUAACUCUUCUGUUGUAUUAUUCAAUAACUCCUCUUGUGCCAAGUCAGCAGUUCAGUUUUUCUCUUUAAAAAGCACUGUAAGAUAUUAGCAUAUGAAUAUGAAAAGGGAAAAACGCAAUUAUUGACAAAAAGGUAAGUGCCUUUUUGACUGUGACACAAUGCAAGAGCGCUCUAUUUGAGGCAGGUUAUUAAAGCUGUCAAUGUAUGGCUUUGUUUUUAGCUUAAUUUUAUUCAAGGGUAAUAAUGAGGACAGGAUUGCUUGUGUGUUGUAGUACAACUUUUAUACACAGGUGGCGAUGUUGCACAAGGUAAGCCAUACCUUAUUCAAUUUUUUUAAACGCUCAGGAGUGCUUUUUUGUGAUAUAUUUAAUUCAAUUUAAAGCCUAACUAUGUAUUUAAAUGUGGAAUAUUUCCUUUAAACCUUUAUAUUGAAAAUUAUACUAAAAUGCCAGUGAAUACAUAGAAACCCUCCAGUGAGGGUUGGACUCCGCCAAGGCUGCCCUUUGUCACCGAUUCUGUUCAUAACUUUUAUGGACAGAAUUUCUAGGCGCAGUCAAGGCGUUGAGGGGAUCCGGUUUGGUGGCUGCAGGAUUAGGUCUCUGCUUUUUGCAGAUGAUCUGGUCCUGAUGGCUUCAUCUGGCCAGGAUCUUCAGCUCUCGCUGGAUCGGUUCGCAGCCGAGUGUGAAGCGACUGGGAUGAGAAUCAGCACCUCCAAGUCCGAGUCCAUGGUUCUCGCCCGGAAAAGGGUGGAGUGCCAUCUCCGGGUUGGGGAGGAGAUCUUGCCCCAAGUGGAGGAGUUCAAGUACCUAGGAGUCUUGUUCACGAGUGAGGGAAGAG